AUGGCCAUGUUCGAGGUCAACGUCUUCACGCCAGAGCAGUUCGGCGCAUUCAUCCCCUGGCUCGCCGUGUGGAGGGGCAAUCUGUCCGUCCUGGUGCACCCCAACACGUACCAGCCCGGGGAGAGCCAGGCCGUCAACGAUCUCAAGGAUCAUACCGAGAGGGCCAUCUGGAUGGGGGAGAGGGUGCCGCUCGACGUCUCGCUCUUUCAGAGGACCAUUGUCGCCGAGCAGACCGCCCAUGCGGGGGAUGUCAGACAUACGGCUGCGUAG